AAGCUACAGGUGCUGUGGUUUUGAGGCGCUUCCUUGCUUUGUGCCCACAGAAACUGGCUGCACCCAGAGUGCGUCAUCGGCUUUGUUUCAAAAGAGGCAGCCAUUUCGCGAACCUCCACAAGCUUGUAGCUAAAUAUGGCCUCUCCCCAGCAUUGAAAAUUAUUAUUGAAUAUACGUCUCUUUUUCUUUUCUUUCCUUAAAGAUUCCCAGCAUUGUUAUCCCUUCACACUGGGAUUCUCUAUUGUCUGUUUCGGUCUCUAAGAGCUCACUACCCCUCCACUGCGCUCGAGGAUCUCCGUCACUCUUCACCUAGCUAUAUGUUCGACGUAUCUCUAUACUUUACAUACGUCCACCUGGCAGAGUAUUCAUUAUGACUCUUGUUGAAGAGAAACAGGAGCAUGUCCGGCGCGAGGCAGCUGCCUCUUCAACGACCAUGUCUACUUCAGACAUGAUCCCUACGCCAGAGGAAGCUACAAUAACGGAUGGAUUCCUGCUGCCAGAAUUUCAUGAUGAUACCAACGAACCUCCACCAGUAUAUGGUGAGAGUCUUGAGACGAUGCAGUUUUCACAGCCUGGGUUUAGUGCCGGAGCAGCUGUUACUGGUGAUGGCCGAAUCGACAUCAAUAUUAGCACGAAGAAUAGACGGCUGGCAGAGCUUUUGGCGCCUAUCUUAGACCGUCAAAUUACAGAUGCGGAAGAUCAGUUACCGCCGGCAUAUCUUCCUCCUGAUCUUACCACUGGUACGGAUGGCAAGCCACCGCCUCCGAUGAACAUUGUCAUUCAGAUUGUAGGCUCUCGUGGUGAUGUUCAGCCAUUUGUCGCGCUUGGAAAAGUCUUGAAAGAUGUAUAUGGCCACAGAGUGCGCAUAGCAACACAUGCUACGUUCCAAAAGUUUGUGGAGGAAAAUGAUCUCGAGUUUUUCAGCAUUGGUGGUGAUCCGGCCGAGUUGAUGGCAUUUAUGGUCAAGCACCCCGGUCUUAUGCCAGGUAUUGAUGCUCUAAAGAGCGGCGAAGUCACUAAGAGACGCAAGGGUAUCGAAGAGAUGCUGCUAGGCUGUUGGAGAUCUGCGAUUGAGCCUGGCAAUGGACUUGGUCCUCCUCCGAAGCCACACAAGAAAGACGAGCCUCUGGAUCUGGCCGAAACCCUUGAUCUUGGAGACGAUGUUCCCUUUGUGGCUGAUGCUAUUAUUGCAAACCCUCCUAGUUUUGCACAUGUACAUCUGGCUGAAAAGCUGGGUAUCCCACUCCACAUGAUGUUCACGAUGCCAUGGACUUCCACAAGAUCGUUCCCGCACCCGUUAGCAAAUAUCAAGUCAACCACCGUCGACGAUAUUUUAACCAAUACGCUCUCAUACACACUUGUGGAGAUGAUGACCUGGCAGGGCCUGGGAGAUAUUAUUAACCGCUUCCGCGAAAAGAUUCUAGAUCUCCCAGCUGUAUCCCCGCUAUGGGCUCCGGGCUUACUGAGCAGACUGAAAACGCCUUAUACAUAUUGCUGGUCUCCUGCUCUUAUUCCCAAGCCUAAAGACUGGGGACGCCAUAUCGAUAUUUCAGGCUUUUAUUUCUUGAAUCUAGCCUCAUCAUACACACCUGAUCCAGAACUGGAUGCAUUCCUUAAAGCCGGCCCUCCCCCAGUCUAUAUUGGAUUCGGAUCUAUUGUUGUUGAUGAUCCCAAUGCAAUGACAAGAAUGAUCUUUGACGCUAUUCACUUGGCUGGUGUUAGAGCACUAGUCUCGAAAGGAUGGGGUGGCCUGGGAGCAGAUGACGUUGGUAUCCCAGAGGGUGUAUUUAUGCUUGGAAAUGUUCCACAUGACUGGCUCUUCCAACAUGUAUCGGCUGUGGUCCACCAUGGAGGUGCCGGCACCACUGCUGCUGGUAUUAAGGCCGGUAAACCUACAUUCGUGGUGCCAUUCUUUGGUGACCAGCCUUUUUGGGGAUCAAUGGUUGCUCGAGCUGAUGCUGGACCCGAACCUAUCCCGUAUGCCUCCUUGACAGCCGAGAAAUUGGCCGAGUCUCUCAAAGUUUGCUUGCAACCGGAUACGAUAGAGAAAGCAAAGUCGCUUGGUGAAAAGAUUCGAGAGGAAGAUGGCACAGCCAUGGGCGGCAACAGCUUUCAUGCUCAUCUGGAUGUUGAGAAACUACGAUGCAGUCUUGCUCCGAGCAGAGUGGCCGUCUGGCGAGUAAAGAGAACUGACGUUCGCCUAAGCGCCUUGGCCGCUGCAGUCUUGGUAAAAAACGGUCUCAUUAAAUAUUCGGAUCUAAAACUAUAUCGAUCCAAGGAACAUGCCACAGAAGACCGUCCUCUUGAACCGGUGUCGGCAGGCGCAUCCUCUCUUAUCGCUGACUUGUCCUCGAUCGGUAUGUCUAUUGCUGAUAUACCCUCUGGCCUCAUCAAGUCUCGGAAAGCGUAUGUAAAGGAAAGCAAGGAGUCGAAAGCCGCUAGUGAAACACAAUCCACAAGCGGUAUCACGAGGGGAAAUACCGAUUCAAUGACCGAAUUAUCGGAACUUGGGUCUACCCAAGGCACAUCAGCACAAGUUGCUAGUCCGGAAACGAAAGAUGGUGCAGCAUCUUCCACAACUGGAAGACCGGAAACAGAAGCUUCGAGGUCAUCAGAAAAUUCUUCACGGAUAAAGCUUGACGCAGCUAUCGGUGCUUCCCAAAACAUUGAACGGAUUGUGACAACUGGCGUCAAGUCGCCUAUGAACUUCUGUCUCGGUCUUGCACGAGGUUUCCGCAACAUUCCACGCCUGUACAAUGACGAUACUAUUCGGCCUGUCGAUAAAGUGACGGAUUUGGCCACUGGAAUGAAAGUUGCUGGCAAAGAACUUGGCUUUGGCUUUUAUGAUGGCAUUACUGGCCUUGUAACACAACCUAUCCGUGGAGCAGAAAAGGACGGGGCUGCUGGCUUAGUUAAAGGAAUUGGAAAAGGCGUUGCUGGUCUGAUUGUGAAGCCUGGUGCCGGAAUCUGGGGUCUGCCAGCGUACAUGAUGCAAGGCGUGCAUGCGGAAGUCAACAAGUUGUUUAGCAGGAGCGUUCAGAACUACAUUAUCACGUCUCGCAUUCAUCAAGGACAGAUCGAACUUCGGAAAGCCUCCGCAGGAGAACAAUCCGACAUUUCCAAGAGAUGGGACAAUGUGAAGUUUGAUCUGCGACACUUUUAUCAAUUUAAGAGAGCUAGUAAAGGCAAAGGUGUUGGCGAGCCAUCAUCCAACACGGAACAAAGUGGCCCUGCCGAGGUUGGAUUUUCCAAGCCUAAAAGUUCGUGGCUCCGGACACUCAAGAUGGCCUCUGAUCAAAAGAAAAAACUAGCAGCCGAACGACGGGCGUGGAAAGGUGGUUAUGUGGAGGCGAACCUUCCGUCUGGUGCCAGAGCGAACACAACCACCGCCACUACCACCGAGAAUGCCGAAUUGGAGCAAGCCAUUCAAGCGUCUGUUCGAGAAACAUCUCGAGGUAACGCAGAGGACGAUGCAGCAGUAGAGGCAGCUAUAAGGCAGAGUAUCAGGGCUAUGAAAAAUGAAGGCGCCACGGUUCCUGGAACUGGGCCAGUUCAAACCUCGGGAGCUGCCCCAGUAAUCUUCGAUGAUGAUGAGUACAAGAUCACUGAUGAGGAGUACCAGCAACUCAUAGAACAGGCAGUGCAGCAAAGUUUGACUGGUGAGCAGCACGGCCUUACUUCUACGGGGUAUCUUCCCGAUGUGAAGCGACCAGUAUUAGGAGGUGGCCGAAACGUAGCUGUAGCAGAAGAUGACUUGUAUUCUUCUAUGGAGGUGCAUCCGUCUGGGGCACAAGCUGCUGAACACGAUGCCGAACUUGAGCGUGCAAUCGCCGCGUCUAAAGAAGAUAUGGCGAAAGCACAGAGCCAACAAACAGAAGAAGAUAUAGUAUUGGAGUAUAUCAAGAAGCAAAGCUUGGCAGAAGAAGAAUAUCGGAAACAGGCAGCAGCUAGUGCCAGAACUAACGAUGAUGAGGAUUUACGAGAGGCCAUGGAGCAAAGCCUAAGAUUGAGUGGGAAUGCCCCAGGAUCAGGACCCUCAGGAUCGAAAUAGGGCAAGCCUGGUUGCAUAAUGAAACGUAUUUAGCAUUAAUUAAAUUGUAUACCCAGAUACACUCCUCUAUCUUAUUCUAGCCUCAACAAAUUGGUAUCCAAAACAACACACUCCACUACGCCUGACACCGAUUUUCACAACUUGCCACCACGCAUCCAACUUGACCAGACGCUCAUUUAACCGUAGUUCGGCUUUUGUCCAUUGGGCGGACCUUGGGGGCCUCCUUGGGGCGGAGGCUGCAUUUGAUACCCUUGAUUUUGCAUUUGACCGUUGCCGCCGUUGGCCAUGGCUAAGACAUCCUGGCGACUUUCAAGCGGUUGAUGGAAGUUGCAAAUGUUACAAGCAACGUCCUUAUAACCAGAAAUGGUAUGAGGAAUUAGGGGCUAGACGAAAGUGUUAGUCUUGAGAUUCAAUACAAGCUUAUCCAAGUCUGCUGCUUACAAUCCAGCAAACAGUAAAGAAGGGACGACUCUUUACAACAUGUGCGGCCAUGUUUCCACAGUGGAAGCAUUGCACUGUAAGACCUUCGAAGCCUUCCACAUCACUGCGGAAAGUGUGCUCACCGCAUACAAAGAAGAAGAACAUUGUUGAUUAGGGUGAGUGUCGGCAGAAAGGGUAGUGUUUAAAGGCCGAAUAGUUGACGCUAGAGAUUCCAAAUUUGCAGACUGUUUGAACACGAGAAAGCCCGGUAUUAUGAAGCUGCUAGCGAUGGCGUAUUUGAGAUGAUUGAAGACGACUCUGGAAUAUA